AUUAGCGACGACAACCUUUGGUCAAUCAGUCAUUCAGUCAGUUCGGCAAUCAAAGCAAGCUAGGUUGGCAAGAAGAUGCCAUCCAGUAGUGGGUCGUUAUUGGUUGCAUUGGCAAUUCUUCUUUCACUGGUUAUCGAAACAGCCUACUGUCUGAAAUGCGUCUACUGCAAGAGUGAUCUGUACGAAGAGGCAUGUGACGCAGUCGGGAAACAGAUAACGUGCAAUGAAGAGAACGCAGAGGAACAUUUCCGCUAUUUGCAGCGACUGGACAAGAGUUUGGAGAUGCCACGCCGAAACGAGGGCUACCAAUGUAUGAAAAUCAAGGUGGGCAAUCAUCGGCUGGUGAAGGGAUGCAUCUAUGCCAAUCUUAACGUUUGCCUCGAGUUCCGGAAGAGGGCUAAACCCUGCUCCACCUGUAUGGAUAACGAGUGCAACAGCCUGAAGUAUCGCGAUUACUAUCUGAAUUGAGUUGCGACAGCUGAGAAAAUCGAUACAGACAAGCUCGUUGGCUUCUAUGAGGAGUAAUGUGCUAACGAAAUACUCAAAAGUGGAUCUCAUACAAAUGUGUUUUUGCUGCUUAUCAACUCUUUCUGUGAUUUAGUGAGUUUUAUUUUUAAGAAAACCAUCAUUUCUCAACGCACAACCCUGCGAGGCUUAAACAAGUGAUUUUUCAACAGAAAUAUAAAUAUUUUCCGAGCUCAAAGAUCCUAGCCAAUUAUUUAAGUAAGGAUUUUUUCCAGGGCUAAUGCUGAUUGAUAACUAGCCAGUCCUAAUUCGCUCUCCUGAGAAACGCAAUCCCAUCAAUUACCGAUGGCAUCCCAUUCAAUCAUGCCUCAUUUCUGCCAUUCGAUGAAACAAAUUGCACCUAAUAAGCUAUAAAAAUAUCGUAAAAUUAUUCAAAACAGCAAUUUAUGAGCUAGACAAAUGCCAAUUUCCCCUUCGGAUGCUUCCUUCUGGAAAAAAA